UCCAAUGUAAAGUUCCAUGGCAUGGAUACAAUGUUGCUAACAGACACAUGAUCCUCAGGCUAUAUCAGUGUUCGUGACAAGAAGUGUAAGGUACCUAAAAUCAAAUUUCAGGACCAAUGUCAGCUAUUCAUAACGGGUCGACACGGACAGAGUAAGAAAAUCUCGGAAUAAGCAGUACAUCGAUUUUGACAUUGUAGCAGUGACACUUGUCACCUUACCGUAUAAAAUGAACUAUGCCUAAAAGUGGACGGAUCACUUAAUAUGUACAAGACAUCUGAGACACCACCAUGGAGAACAACGAUGCACCUGUCGAGUUUAACGAUGACAGGACAGUGUGUGUGACGUCAGUGAAAGGGUUAAAGGAGAACUGGCAGAGAUGGUCCAACGAGCACCAGGAGUACCAGAAACACAACCCCUUCAGUAACGACCGGGGGGCUAUGGUGAGGCUCCAGCGGGACCAGGAUGGCUAUGGGAGGCCCCUGGAGGGCUCCUUGACAGAGCAGAGGGGCCAGGACGCCCAUGUCCACAUCAGCCGGGAGGUGGAGGAGCUCUGCCAGGUGAUCAGGGACAUCGGGGAAAGCUGUGGGGACGGUGGCGGCGAGAAGAGACCUGUGGUGACGGUGGAGUUUGGGAAGCUGUUUGAGCACUAUGUGAACAUCUCCAACAAGGUGGUGGGGAUCCUGCUGAGGGCCAGAAAACAAGGCCUGGUCAGCUUUGAAGGGGAGAUGCUGUGGCAGGGGCAGGAUGACAGGGUCCUCAUCACACUGCUACAGUCACCAGGAUGAGAUGACAGGGUCGUCAUUAUGCUGCUUCAGUGACCAGGUUGAUGCAGCCGACGGACAAGACGGUAACCGAGGCCCUGUCCAGAAACAUCCCCUAGCCACUCACGUACAGUAGUUGUGAAAGGAUUGGAUAGGUCUAAGCAAUAUGAUGAAAAUUACAUUAGUGUCACGUCCUGGCCAGUAUAAGGUUAAUUGUUUUGGUAGUUUGGUCAGGACGUGGCAGAGGGUAUUUGUUUUAUGUGGUUCGGGGUGGUGUGUUUGUGUAAAGGGUGUUUGAUUUAGUAUUUCCGGGUUUUUGGUUGAUGGUCUGUGUUUGUAUUCUAUGGUUAGUCUAGUGU